GACCAUGGGCGAGCAGAGUCACGUCAACAGCCUCUUCCUCAACGAGGAUGCAGCCAAGCGGCUGGGUGCCGAGGGCCGGGUGCAGCGCCUGCGGCAGGCGGUGCAGAAGCGCGCGGCGCGGGCCAAGAAGCGGAUGCACAGCAUCACUGCGGAGAGCGCCAGGAGCUUCCUCAGGAGGAACACCUUCGUCCUCUUCACCAUCACUGCAGUCCUGCUGGGGAUCAUCCUGGCAUUCUCCCUCCGGCCCUACCAGCUCACCUAUCGCCAGAUCAAGUACUUCUCCUUCCCCGGCGAGCUGCUGAUGCGCAUGCUCCAGAUGCUGGUUCUUCCUCUCAUCGUCUCCAGCUUGGUCACAGGAAUGGCCUCACUGGAUGGCAGAGCCUCAGGGAAGAUGGGGAUGCGGGCUGUGGUUUACUACACGGUGACCACCAUCAUAGCAGUCUUCAUUGGCAUCCUCAUGGUGAUCAUCAUCCACCCAGGGAAAGGAUCCAAGGACAAGCUCCACCGAGAAGGCAGGAUUGAGCAGGUGCAGACCACAGAUGCCUUCAUGGACUUGGUGAGGAACAUGUUCCCACCCAACCUGGUAGAAGCCUGCUUCAAACAGUACAAGACGCAGUACAGCACCAGGGUGCUCACCAGAACCGUCCUGCACAGCAGCAAUGUCACCGCAGGGGUGCCAAGCACUCCCAGCCCCGCGCCCGAGAACGCCACCGGCAUCCUGGAGAACGUCACUCAUGCCCUGGGGACCAUCUCCGAGGUGCUGACCUUUGAAGAAGUCAUUCCCAUCCCGGGCUCAGCCAAUGGGGUGAACGCGCUGGGGCUGGUAGUGUUCUCCAUGUGCUUCGGUUUGGUGAUCGGCAGCAUGAAGCAGAAGGGACGGGCCCUGCGGGAGUUCUUUAACUGCCUCAACGAAGCCAUCAUGAGGCUGGUGGCCAUUAUCAUCUGGUACGCUCCUGUUGGGAUCAUGUUCCUGAUCGCUGGCAAGAUCCUGGAGAUGGACGACCUGGCAGUGAUGGGCGGGCAGCUGGGGAUGUACACGCUCACCGUCAUCGUUGGGCUUCUCAUUCACGCCCUCUGCAUCCUGCCCCUGCUCUACUUCAUCGUCACCCACAGGAACCCCUGGCUAUUCAUUGCAGGGCUGCUGCAGGCCCUCAUCACAGCCCUGGGCACCUCCUCCAGCUCAGCGACUCUGCCCAUCACCUUCAGGUGCCUGGAAGAAAACAAUGGCGUGGACAGGCGCAUCACGAGGUUUGUCCUGCCCGUGGGAGCUACGAUUAACAUGGAUGGCACUGCUCUGUACGAGGCCCUUGCAGCCAUCUUCAUUGCACAAGUCAACAACUACGAGCUUGACUUCGGGCAGAUCAUCACAAUAAGCAUCACUGCCACAGCAGCCAGCAUUGGAGCCGCAGGCAUUCCCCAGGCAGGACUGGUGACAAUGGUGAUCGUGUUGACAUCAGUGGGGCUGCCUACUGAAGACAUUACACUGAUCAUCGCUGUGGACUGGUUUCUGGACCGCCUCAGAACCACCACCAACGUCCUGGGGGACUCCCUGGGGGCCGGCAUCGUGGAGCACCUCUCCCGGCACGAGCUGGACGCGCAGGACUGCGAACUCGACUAUUUGUCCAACUUUUCAAGGAAGCGUUGAUUCUGACCCCGAGGAGACUUCCUGUGUGUGAAGGGCAAACCAAGAAUCGGAAGACACGGUUGUUGGGUUGGACUCUAGCUCAAAUGGAAUGGAUUCUGGGAAGUCCUACGGCUUGGGUUACACAGACAGCUGAACUAGAUGAACAUAAGGGUCCCUUCUGGCUUUAUAAUAUAUGCACGUGCUUUCUGGUUUAGAGAUAUUGCAAAGGGUCCUUCCCCUGAUCAUGUUUAGGAGCUACCUGGAAGGAUCCUAAUGAUACUUUAAGAAACUCAGCAGGAGUCUAAGCUGUGUUCAGUUGCUGUUAGCAGACAUGCAAGCAUAUGACAAAAGGGGCUCUCCAUCCCACGCUGCAUCACCAUGUUCCCACAAAGUAGCACCCUCCCAGCCUUGCCAUUGGUGAUUUCCUGCUUUCAGCACAAGAUUAGGGGAGCACAACCAAGCAGGGGCCUCAUUUUCAAUGACUGCAACCCACUGUCCCAUGGGGAAUUUCAGAACUCAGCCGAUAGUUUUUAGCUGUGGUGCUUGCCCGUGUUGUUAACCCAUUUCUGAUUGGGAUUGUCUGCCUGUUUACAGUACCCCAGCAGUAAAGUGUUGUCAGGAAUUUGCAUAUAUAUAUAUACACACAUAUACACACUCCUCUUUA